AUGAUGGAGCACCCGGAAGUCGUGUACAACUACACCGAGACGGUCGACCCGAACCUGACCUGCGCAAUAUGCCAGUCGGCCCUAGUCGACCCCGUCACGACCGCGUCGUGCAAGCACACGUUCUGCCGGGACUGCAUCACGCGCGCACUGGCGCACAACCCCUCGUGCCCGAUCGACAGGAGCGCGCUGACGCUCGCGUCGCUGCGCGCGUCCGAGCCGCUUGUGCAGCUCAUGCUCGACGAGCUCAAGGUACGCUGCGACGCCGACUCGUGCGGCAAAGUAAUGGAGCGCGGCUUGCUGCUCGCGCAUAUCCGGUCGUGUGCGAGCGGCGUCGUGACCUGCGGCGACGAGGCGUGCGGGUUGUCUAUGACGCGACAUCGCAUGCCGCACCACCGCGCGUACGAGUGCUUCCAGCGGCGCAUGGAGUGCGCCAAGUGCGGCAUCGUGUUCACGUUCAAGGAGGCAAAGGAUGACCACGGGCACGCGCACGGGGAGGCAGCCGCCCCGGGACAGGCAAAGUGCGAGGCGUGCUCCCAGCCGAUGAGCACCCCGGCGCACCUGCACAGAUGGGUGUGCCCCGCGUCCCCCGUGCCGUGCCCACAGCAGCCGCGCGGGUGCUCGGCGAUCGUGCGCCGCGCCCACCUCGAGUCGCACAUGGCGACCUGCCCGUUCGAGCUGCUGUCGGGCUUCUUCGCGGCCAACGACGCGCGGAUCGCGGCCCUCGAGGCGCGCGUGGACGAGCUGCACGGCGAGAAUGAGCUGUUGCGCGUGCAGCUGUUUAGCGGCAGGAGCGGGGCGAUGCACCGUCCCCCUGCUUUCGCGUGGGCGGGGCCGGACGAAGACACGCCGGAAACGCCGACGUCGCCGGCGCCACCCCUCGCGUCCGCCGACUCGGACGGCAGCUCGACGCUGAGACUCCCGUUGUCAACAGGAGCAGGCGGCACGCCGCGCGCGGCACGCCCCCCGCCGCUCGUCCUCGCGCCCACGUCGCCGGCGUUCGAGCUCCCCCCGCCGCCGAUGCAGCGCAGCCUGAGCGCCGCGAGCGCCGAGUGGGUCGUUGGCAGGUUGUCGGAGAACGAGAUGCGCGACGAGGCCAUGGUGGCACUCAGAGACUGCGUCGUGCACCUCGCGAGCUGUCUACAGUCGAGCGACCGGCGUAACCAAGUGCGCACGACGACAGAGAGCCUCCGCGUCAUCGAGCAGGUCGAGUCGCUGCGCGCCAUCGUCAGCACCAUGCGCCGGCAGGUCAUGACGGAGCGGCCGGGCACGCCACGCCGCCAAAGCUCAGACCACUACCCCGCGCUGCCGACCCCGCCACUCUCGACACAAGCAAGCACGGCGGACGCCGCGUCCGAAGCCGACGCCAGCCAUGACGACGACGUCGGGCUCUCGAUCCGCGAGAGCGUCGUCUUCUCCGCGCAGGGGGUCCUCCAGCGCUCCGCUGAUAGCUCCUUCGUCGCGACUGCCGAAGCGACGCGCACGCCGCGUAACUGGACGGGCCAGCCGUGUGCUUUUCCCCCGCCCGAGCCGACACGGCGCGCGAGUACCACCCGAGGCGGGCGCGCGAGCGCGUCCUUCUCUCGUCCUGGGCCGAGCCGCCUGCAGCAGCUCGGCGCAAACCUCCUCAUACGCAUGUCGCGCGACACGACGACGACGACGACGGCCGACCGCCGGACGCCGUGA